AUUAUUGUUAGUUCAGUUCUCCUGACUGCACCGACGCAGGUGCUCUUUGCAUUUUAUCAAGAUGACUAACGCAUUCAAUAUUUUGGGAGAUUUUCUUCACCUUUCAGCAAUGAUAUUGCUGAUCGUGAAGUUUCUGCGAACAAAGUCGUGCGCAAACAUUUCUGGAAAAACACAAAUCCUCUUCGCGAUCGCGUUCACGAUGCGCUAUCUGGAUUUUUAUUCACCACCGAUUCCCUAUUACAUUGUGAUGAAAUGUGUGUAUGUUGCACUUACUUACCUGUUCGUCUUCAUGAUCUACGGACCGUUGAAAAAAACCUACGACCGAGAAAACGAUGGAAUGUACAACGAAUUCCUGGUAGUUCCUUGUUUUGUGUUAGCUCUAUACCUUAGCGAUGUGAGCGCUCCCUCAGAAAUCCUGUGGACGUUCUCGAUUUUCUUGGAAGCGGUCGCGAUCGUUCCCCAGCUAGACCUGCUCUGCAAUAUUGACUUCAUUGACAACUACAGCAUUGGUUAUCUUGUACUGCUCGGGCUGUAUCCGGUGAAGAACAUCUUGAACUGGGCCUAUCUAUACCACUACGAAGGAUUCUACUUAGUGAAAUACGUAUUUACGAGUUUUUUGAUGACUACGCUGUUUGCGCUGGUUUUUGUACGUUUGUACAUACUGAAGCGUCGCGACAGAAAGCUCAUGAUCGCCGUUGUAGGUUAAAUAGCAGUUCAGAUGAAAAUCUAUUUGUAAUGUAUCUCAUUUAAAAUCUAGAAUAGUGUAUAAUAGUGCAUCAAAAAUGCUGGUAAUCGGCUGAAAAACAUUAGAUCUAUGCCAUUGUGGGCUUUGUAGUAAUAGUGGAGUUCCUGCAUUUGCGUUAUGGCGGUUUUCCCCAAAUAAUAAUGGAAACUAACAAACUUAAGACUCCAAACACGAUGCCUCGAGUAAAAUGUUUAAAGGCAAACUUGCAAUGUUUGAAAAAUCAUAGCUAAGUCAUUUACUGACGAAUUUAAAAUCUAUUGGCGCCAUGUGAAGCAACAUAUUUUAAAAAUUUGUAUGGAAUCAAGCAUUGUCAAUUUGUCGUUACACAUUUUGCCCAAGGCAUCGUGUUCGGGGUGUUAAUUAUGAUCAUCAUAUUAUCAUCAAAACAAAUUAAGUAAAUUUUCGUACCGUAAACAGCUUUAAUAUCACGCAUCUCGUAAUGCCAAAAAUCGUCGAUAUAUUGUGAAAUAUUUUAAAAUAAUAUGGUUUCCAUAAGCUACACUCUCAAUCAAAUUAUUCACAGUUUAUUGUUCGUUUAAAAUCUUCUAGAACUAGAAUCCAUUAGACACCUCGUCGUUCCCUGUUAUAAGUACCAGUAAAUCAUUAAUAAUCAGGAAUGCUUGCUUAUACCUAUCUUGAAAAAUAAAACAUGGGUUCCGCUUUUGCUGAUACAUCUACAAGAUAGAGCGCGGUACAACUUGAAAAGUUCCGAAUUGAAAAAUAUACGG